CUGUAGGUGAGCGUUGUAUUUUCAGCACGGACGAGAUAUUCCGCUAUAAAUAACCUAAGGUCUUGAGUUUUCUGCUUCGAAGUAUUGUGAGACAAUAUAAAACCUCAAAACAAAAUACAAUGAAGUUCUCCGUAGUGUUGAUUUGUAUACUGCAGUUGAUAGUAGUCAGAUCACAAAGCGAUUCUGUGGAGGAGACCACUCCAGAGAUUACAAUUAUGGAGGAGACCACCCCAGAGAUUACAACUAUGGAGGAGACCACUCCAGAGAUUACAAUUAUGGAGGAGACCACCCCAGAGAUUAUAACUAUGGGUGAAACAACUCCCGAGAUUACAAUUAGGGGUGAAACAACUCCUGGAGAUGAAACUGAGAAUACAAUGAUAUCUACGAUGGAUACUUCUACUACAACGCAGAAGCCUGACGACUCUAAACAUAAACGCGGUUUAGGAGCAGGAAUAAUUGUGGCCAUUGUAUUCGGCUGUCUCGCAGGAAUCGCAAUUAUCGGUGCAAUAAUCUACUUUGUUCGACAGUGGUUAUCAUCCAGAUAAUAUGCGAUGUUGAGAAUUUUGUCCCAUAAUAAUGGUCGAUGACUUAUAUGUUUUUAUUUUGUAAUAUUUUGAUUGACACUUGAUCAGCUUUAGAUAAGUCAAAUUCCUGUUUUCUUAAACAACUACCCCUUUUAUUUCAGUGUGUGUAUUAUUAGUUUUACUUCUGUAGAAUCGUUAUUAGUAAAUGUAAUACAAACCUAUCAUAUUUUUUUCUUGA